AUGACUAUUAUUAAAUCAAUUACUUCAAUAAACUCAAAUACCAAUAAUAUAAAAAACAAUAUUGAAAUUAAUAAUGUAAAUAAUGAAAUUUCGAAUCAAACAAAAAAUAACAUAACUGUGAAUAUGGGUGUUUUAAUUUGUGCAAACGGUGGUGGUUGUAACAUUAUGUAA